AUGGUUUCGAUAGCCCGAACGACAAGAGCUUCGAUCGUGGAGCUGGCAAGCAGCUUUCGAAGCGUUGUGACCGUGAGCAGCUCAGCACGAGUAGCAGCUCUGGCUCAACUACGAGCUGGACCUUCCCCUAGGACAUUUCGAACGUCUACCACCCUGGAUUCGGCAUCUUCAAUCACUAUCGACUCAACGAAAGCUGCCAGCCAAGGCUCCAGCGAAACCAAACCAGUCAAGCCAAAACGCAAGCGUCGCACGACGGAAGAAAUGGAAGCCAUCCGUUUGGCCAAUCAAGCUCUUGGCGUCCCAAUUCGUAGUCGAAGACGAACAAGGCGAGCUGUGGGAGCUGCUAUUGAUUUAGAUGUUACAGAAUCAAGUGUGCAGAAACCAGAGAAGACGGGAAAACCCGGACGACGAAAGAAUAGUCAACUGUCGGAAAAAGGGGCAGCAAGACUAGCAAAGAAGGAAGCGCUUGCAGCAGCAAGAGCAGCAGCUGCAGCAGCAGCUGCAGCGAAUGAUAGAAAAGUCUUGACCGCAGAAGAGACGGAGUAUCUGCUGUCAGAGAUGACGUACGACCACCUCCCACCACGAGGCCAAUGGAAGAAGGCAUUCCCCAACUCCAAAGCAUACGAGACCAGCUAUCGAUACUUUAUCAGCAAUCGUUCAACGAUCAAAGACAUAAUCUCAAAACUUGGAAUUACCUCGGAGGAACGCAAGGGGGAAAAGGUGACCAUUAUCGAAGGGUACCCCGGACCAGGAACGUUUGCUGACGAAAUGCUCAAGUUGCCCAAGGUGGAGAAGGUGAUUGCGCUCGAAUCGACGCCUUGCUACGUCAGCAAGCUUGGACUUCUUAAAGCUCAAAUGGAAGAAAAGCAGCCAGGAUCGGGUGAGAGAUUUGACAUUCUCGAGUCGUCUGCGUAUAUGUGGACUACGUACAAUAAACUUGUCGAUUCAGGCAGGCUUGCACACCUCAACAACCGGGUUACGACUUCGGAUGGCUCAUUUGUGGAUUUCUCCACUUCAGAUUUCAUCUCGCUUCCUCAUUCCGAUGCAAGCUGGCAGAAGCUUUCGCCGAUCAUCUUCUUCGCUCAACUUCCCAACACUGUGUAUGGUGAGCAGCUUUUUGCGCAGAUCAUCACAGCUAUCGCCAAUCGAAUCUGGUUGUUCCGACACGGACGUAUCCAGCUCAGUUUCAUUUGUGGAGAGUCUCUUGCGAAACGAUGCUUAGCUGAAGCAGGAGACAAAGCUUCGCGUGGUAAGCUUGGAACAACGGUACAAUGUCUCGCAGAUGUUCAAGUUGGUCGUUACGCACACGAGUUGCAACCGCACGGCCACCACUUUUUCCCACCCACAAUGGCCAUGGGUCCCCGAGUCACAGUUUCGGGAACUUCGCUGAUCCCGAACAGCAACCCAUCCACCGGCUUGACACGUACAGGGAUGGUAAUGAUGACCGUUACACCCAAGCAAGAACCGCUGGUGAAAGCAAGCGAGAUCGAAGCAUUCGAGUUUGUCACUCGAAACCUCUUCAUUCUUCGCACAAAGCCAAUUGGGGAUGCUCUGACACACGUAGCUCCGGGAGGACAGAACGUGCUCAAGAUGACCAGCCCAGAACAGGUCCAGAAGGGAUUAAUCAAGAAAGAGGAGGUAAUAUUACCAGAUCAUGUCGUGGGAGAGCUGACGAACGUGCAGUGGGCAUGCUUGGCUCGGAUGUUUGAAAAGUGGCCUUUCAGACCAAGAAAUUUGUUCGAGGAGGGGAGAGUCAAGGUUGAAAAAAAGCACCGCCACUAA